AUGGCCACCACUCCUUCCGCCUCUCCUCCUCUCUCCUGCCCCAUGUGCCAUAUGUUUAGUGAUGACCCUGCCUCCUUUAGUGAAGAUAGCGGUAGGUGUGUUAAGUGUAGUCUUGUGUUAGACUUGGAGGCCAGGCUGGAGCAGUUAGAACCGCGGCUCCGCACACUGGAAGCUAAGCCGGCUAGCCAGGUCGUUACUCGUAGCGCGGGCCACGCUACCAGGGCUAACUUAGCUAGCACCCUAGCGCCCUCCCAACAGCCGGGAGACAGUCAGGGGUUUGUACCGGUUGGGAGGAAACAUAGUGCUAAACGCAAAAACUUAGAGCACCCGAGACUCCACGUUAGUAAUAGGUUCUCCCCCCUCAGCGACACACCCGCUGAACACUCAACUCUGGUUAUAGGCUCUUCUGAAGUUAGAAACGUGGAGCUCCCAGCGGUUACAGUCAGGUGUUAUCCGGGGGCCAGAGUUGGUGACAUCGAGGGGAACCUUAGGAUGUUAGCUCAGAGUAAGUCCAGGUUCCGUCGAGUCGUGAUUCACGCAGGCAGUGAUGAUGCCCGACGGAGACAAUCAGGUAAGUUAAACGUAGCUUCAGUGUGAAAACUGGCUAAGACGAUGUCCGACACUGUCAUUUUCUCUGGUCCCCUGCCGAACUUAGUCAGUGAUGAAAUGUACAGCCGCUUUUCAUCAUUUAACCGCUGGCUUUCUAGAUGGUGCCCAGAAAACGGCGUUGGUUUUGUGGAUAACUGGAGCGCGUUUUGGGGGAAGCCCGGUCUCAUGCGGAGAGACGGCGUCCAUCCCACCCGGGACGGUGCCGCUCUUCUUUCUAGAAAC